UACGUCAUAUAAAGAAGAGGAGUAAUUGAAGUAGAGUAUUAUCUUUCUUGCCUCUGUGUACACAACUGUACUGAAAUAUGUGCAUGUAUCUGUCUCUGCUUCGCUAAUCACUCAUUUCUUGGGAAUUAGGGUGCUCAGAUUCUCAGAAUUAGGCUGAGAUAGAGCGAGAAACGCAUAAAGGUGUGAUUUUUAUAGUCUGGGUCUGCAUUUUUCUUCCAUUCUUGAGAAAUCUGUGUUGCCAGUAAUCUCUUGAGACAAUACCAUUUGCACCCCGGACUGUUUUUAUUCAUCUGAAAUGGCAACCAAUGAGAAUCUCCCGCCCAAUGUGAUAAAACAAUUAGCAAAGGAAUUGAAGAAUCUUGAUGAAACUCCUCCCGAAGGCAUUAAAGUCGGUGUAAAUGAUGAUGACUUUUCAAUUAUAUAUGCUGAUAUAGAAGGGCCAGCCGGAACUCCAUAUGAGAACGGUAUCUUCCGCAUGAAGUUGAUAUUAUCUCAUGAUUUCCCUCAUUCGCCUCCUAAAGGUUAUUUCCUUACCAAAAUUUUUCAUCCGAAUAUUGCAACCAAUGGUGAAAUUUGUGUAAAUGCACUGAAAAGGGAUUGGAGUCCAAGUCUUGGCUUAAGGCAUGUGCUAAUGGUGGUUAGAUGCUUAUUGAUAGAACCAUUUCCGGAAUCAGCUUUAAAUGAGCAAGCCGGGAAGAUGCUCCUAGAUAACUAUGAUGAGUAUGCUAAACAUGCAAGGCUUUAUACUGGAAUUCAUGCUUUAAAGCCAAAGCCCAAGGUUAAAGCGGGGACUAUUUCUGAGUCGACUGCUGCCCUGAAUGUUGGUCAAACCAACACCUCAAUAUACAUUGAUGACCCGAAGAAUGCAGGAUCAGGGAAUCCUCCCCAACAGCCAUCGCCUCUAGCCGCUUCAUUAAUCAAUAUGAAAGGCGGGAAUGGUCUGGAUCAGUCGGCCAUGCCUAGCGGGACCACAGCAGAGGCUGCAAUCAGUAGCGGGUCAGCAGCGGCUCCUGGUGCACAGAAGAAGGAAACUGGGUUGGCAAGAGUUCAUGCUGACAAAAAGAAAAUAGAUGCAAGAAAGAAAAGCUUGAAGAGAUUAUAAUUUGUUCAAAUGGAGCUUGUGACUUCUUUUUUUUGUUUGAUAGCUUUGGUAAAAAAGGGACAAGAAAGAAGAUCAAAAGACAGUUGACUUCGCUUUUAUGUGCUAAUUUAUGGUAUUCUUAUUUGGGUCUUC